AUGAAGAAAAGAGGCAGGGGGGCUAUUGCUCAAGUCGUGUCUCGCGAACAUAAUAUCGCUGUUGUAAAGUGGUUUGACAAUAAGUUUGUUUUAGCUGCAAGUACUUAUGUUGAAGCCCAUCCUGUACAGAAUGUAAUGCGGUACAAGAAAGAAGAAAAGAAGAAAGAUCCAGUCACAUGCCCAAAUUUAAUAAAACAUUAUAACGGAAAUAUGGGUGGAGUUGAUCUAGCCGACAUGCUAGUCACUUUAUACCGUACUGAGUUGAAAGGUCAUCGUUGGUAUUUAGUAUUAUUUUCACAGAUUCUGGACAUCUGCAUCAAUAAUUUCUGGCUGCUGUAUCGUCAUGAAAACAGUGGUAAACAAAAACUAUUGCCACUCAAGAAGUUUCGAGUCGCAUUAUUUAGGCAACUGCGUUUAUUUGAGAGGAGUUCUUCAAAUCUACAACCUGUAGCAUUUUCCAAAUUUGUGAGAAAAGUAAAAACGCCAAUUGCGAAGAGACCUGAUGACGCUACUCGUUACGACCUGACGGGACAUCUUCCUACUUUUAUGACAAAAGACAGGUGUAGAAACUGUACCAAACAUCAAACCAAAUGUUUUUGUCCAAAGUGUAACGCAUGA